AUGGACGUCACAAACGACAACCUACAAGAGCUGAAGUACCGGCUGGAGGAUGCUACAAUCAAGUGCUCAGAGCGAUGUCUCUACCAAUCGUCGAAGUGGGCAGCAGAAAUGCUUGAUUCUCUUUCACCAAUCGAUCACGAAGAGACAGACCCCGAAUCCCCAAUGGAGAUCACAGAUCCAAUUCCCCCUCCUAUCAACCCAUACCUACGAACCCAAGACCCUACCGAGGUCGCCCUCGAAAAUCAAGAAGCUCACAAGUACCUCCUCGCGAAAUCCUAUUUUGACACUCGCGAAUAUGACCGCUGCGCAGCCGUAUUCUUACCACCAAAUACCCCUCCGGUUCCGCUCUCCAUGACCUCCCCCAGCUCAAAACCAAAACAAUCGCGACAUUCGCUAAAAGGCAAGGACAAGGCAUCCCCAUUCCUUGGCUCCAAGGGCCCUGUCGCGCGAAACCCAUACCCAAGACUCAGUCAGAAGUCAUUGUUUCUUGCGCUUUAUGCCAAAUAUCUAGCCGGUGAAAAGCGCAAGAAUGAAGAGACCGAGAUGGUACUAGGUCCAGCGGAUGGUGGGAUGGCGGUCAACAGAGAACUCCCGGAUCUUGCCCGAGGCUUAGAAGGAUGGCUGGUGGAGCGCAGUUCAAAAGGCCUGGAUGAUAAAGGUCAGGGCUGGUUGGAAUAUCUCUACGCGGUCGUUCUGCUGAAAGGGCGGAAUGAAGAGUUGGCCAAGAAGUGGUUGCUUCGAAGUGUGCAUCAGAACCCAUUCCACUGGGGAGCAUGGCAAGAGCUUAACGAUCUUUUGGCAAGCACCGAGGAUGUAGGAUCUUCCAAUUCCCAUAACCCUUUAAUACGUGAUACUGACAUCCCGCAACAGCUGAAACAAAUCGUGGACCACCUGCCUCAAAACAUCAUGACACUCAUAUUCCACGUUUACUGCAGCCAGGAACUAUACCAGGCUACGGAAGAUACAUACCAGGCACUUUCAGAGCUGGAAUCAAUUUUCCCCACUAGUGCAUUCUUGAAGACUCAAAGGGCACUCCUUUAUUAUCACUCCAAAGAUUUUGAGGAAGCGUCAGCUAUUUUCACUGAUAUCCUAGCCACAUCACCCCACCGCUUGGAUAGUCUCGACCACUACUCUAACAUUUUGUAUGUCAUGAAUGAGCGGCCACGCCUGGCCUUUGUCGCGCAAAUCGCCACCGCAACAGACAAAUUUCGCCCGGAAACAUGCUGCGUUGUGGGCAACUACUACUCUCUCAAAUCGGAACAUGAAAAGGCAGUUAUGUACUUCCGUCGUGCUUUAACAUUGGAUCGAAACUUCCUCUCGGCCUGGACUCUCAUGGGCCAUGAGUACAUCGAGAUGAAAAAUACCCAUACCGCUAUCGAAUCGUAUCGUCGGGCCGUCGACGUUAACCGAAAAGAUUAUCGUGCCUGGUAUGGUUUGGGCCAAGCUUAUGAGGUGCUUGACAUGUCUUUCUACGCCCUCUUUUACUACCAGCGUGCCGCCGCCCUGCGCCCCUACGACCCGAAGAUGUGGCAAGCCGUCGGCUCAUGUUAUGCGAAGAUGGGCCGAGUCGAGCAAAGUAUCCAGGCACUUAAACGUGCACUUGUGGCCGGGUCUUACUAUACAGACGACACGGCGCCAAGCGCAAGCCCUGGCGCGAGCGCUCGCAAAGUGCUCGACCCCGAAACCCUGCACCAGAUCGCAACCCUCUAUGAGCGUCUCGGCGAUGAAGAGGAAGCGGCUGCGUAUAUGGAACUGACCCUCCAACAAGAAACAGGCGGCGCGCCUGUCCAAGAGGAGAACUCGGAUGAGGAUGAGUAUUCGUCUGCUUCGGAGAAUGCUGCUCAGAGUGACGGGGAACAUUCUGGCGACGAUGAUGCCGACAAUAUGCCUCGCUCUCGUCGUCGACAAAAGCCCCGUACAUCAUCCUUCGCGAUGCAAAACGACGACUCCAAUGCGGGAGAGGCGUGGCAUCAGCCCACAGCCACUACGUCGAAAGCGCGUCUCUGGCUGGCUCAGUAUGCCUUGCGACACGAGGAGUUGGAACGGGCAGAUCAGCUGGCGAGCGAGUUAUGUCAGGAUGGUAUGGAGGUGGAAGAAGCGAAGGCGAUCAUGCGAGAUGUUCGUGCGCGGAGAGAGGAGGCAGGGUAG